AUGCAGUUAGAAGACUGGCUAGAUGACCUGUGUGUCCGUUUCAUUAUAAACCUGCCUCAUGAGGAGCUCGAGUCUGUCGAACGGAUAUGUUUUCAGGUGGAGGAAGCGCAAUGGUUUUACGAAGACUUCAUCCGGCCGCUAGAUCCAGCCCUCCCCUCCCUGUCUCUCAAAGCCUUCGCUCUCCGAAUCUUCCAACAUUGUCCGCUUAUGUCACAAUGGUCCCACUACCAUCAUAUCACGGCCUUUUCGGAGUUCUUGGCCUACAAGACUCGUGUUCCUGUCCGAGGAGCGAUCAUGCUGAACGAAGAAAUGGAUGAGGUCGUUUUGGUCAAGGGUUGGAAGAAAGGCGCCAACUGGAGUUUCCCCAGAGGUAAAAUUAACAAGGAUGAGAAGGAUCUAGAUUGUGCUAUUCGAGAAGUCUACGAGGAGACUGGGUUCGAUGUGGGGGAGGCUGGGCUGGUCAAAGACGAGAAGGAUGUCAAGUUCAUCGAGAUCACCAUGCGAGAACAGCACAUGAGGCUGUAUGUAUUCCGUGGAGUGCCUCGCGACGCUUACUUUGAGCCUCGGACCAGGAAAGAAAUUAGCAAGAUCGAGUGGUAUAAGCUGUCGGAACUGCCCACGCUGAAGAAGAGCAAGCAACAUGAUCAGGGAUUUGCGGUUGCUAAUGCAAAUAAAUUCUACAUGGUUGCGCCUUUCAUGCACCCGCUCAAGAAAUGGAUUGCGCACCAGAAGAAGAUUGACGCAAAGAAUCAAGUCGGACACAGAGCAGCAGAGCUGAUGGACGAAGCUGCCCAGAUCGCCAGCACCAUCACUCCCGUACAGGCGCCCGUCGAAAUGGCUGCGCCAAGUGAUUUGCCCAAAGUUGCACCUUCUGGAGAUGCGUCCGCUCAUCUCAAGCGUCUCUUGAAUAUAAACAAUGUGCCCUCUCAAUUCUCUGUUCAGCCAUCACAGGAACCUGCAGCUGAUCCCAAGUCCAAUGCUUUGCUGGAACUUUUGAGGGGUGGCUCUUCUGAAGAGCCUGCUAUGCACACCCCAAUGAACGAGCAAACUGUUCCUCUGGAAGCACUAUCUCAGCGUUUCCCGCUUCCGGACGUCUUUCCUGACCUUCCCCGACAGACACAAUAUGCUGAGCAAUCUACAUCUUUACCGCAGACUCUGCCGCCGCUGUUAUCCGGGAUGGUACCGCCUCGUCUACAGCAUGCUGUGAAUGUGCCAUCCGCCAAUCAACCCAUGUCCCAGCGUCCGCUGGACCGUCAGUUCCCACCUACGACUCAUAUGGGCCCUUCAACUGGAUUCCAGGACUUUCCGCCUUUCUCUGCGCCACAACCCCUUGUACCGUCGUAUAGAGAGGAACCUAUGCACAAUAUUCCUCCCCAAAGACCAGCAGCUGCUCCGUACCAGAAAACCGGUGAUCCUCAAUUCUCGCAGCAAGGUCAGCCUCCUCAGAUUAAGGGCGCAUCUGUACCACCGGCAAGCAAGUUGCCGCCACCAAAGCUCACCAGCCAUUCCUUGGCGUUGCUGAACGUAUUCAAAAACGAAACUCCCAAGACUCCCCAAGCCUCAAGCGCAACCAUGGCUCCAGGAGCCGGACAGGACUCAGUUCAGGCACGCAAGCCGUCGCAACACCAAGACCAAUUGCUGAGUUUGUUGAGGGGCUCUCCAGCUCCUGUUACUUCCGCGCCGGUGCCGGUAGAACUGGCCGCUGAUUCGACACCACCAGCUAGAAAAAAAAUCCUUCAGCGACCUAACCAGCGUUCCCCUAAUGCUGGCAAGGGUUUCAACAGUGAAGGCCAGACCUCAGCCACUGUAUCAGGGCCUUUGAAUAUGCCACACUUUGAGGGAAUUGCGAAACCAGCGGCCCGGAGAAUGCAGAACGGAACAAACCGGAAGGCUCACAAGGACCGGCAGCCGCAAACACAUCCUCUUUCUCCCCCGAUCACUAUAUUAGCCAGGCCGCAAAGCGCAAAGGGAGACCAGUCCUCAACGCCGCCCCCGGGAUCGUGGACACUUUCCCAGUCUCGUACUAGCAAGACAAAACAAGCCGAACCACAGAAGCCAUUCCAACCGCAAAUUUUGCGUCGUUCCGAAAAAACCGGAAGCGAAACUGAUAUACCCCUGCGGCCUAAAACUGCUCAUGAACCUGACCAACGCGAGCAAGGGAUGGAGCCUCCAGUCCAUGUCGACCGUCGCCCGAGCCAGACGGCUGCGCAGCGGGAUGCGCUUUUGUCUCUUUUUGGAAAGAAGUCGGAUGCUUCGGGCAGUCCGUCACCGGGCCCGGUUCAUAUCCAAACUUCGGCCGCAAAGCCAUCUAGCUCUUCUGCCAUUAGCCCGCUCUCGCCCAGCAUUGCUCCCAGUGUUGGGGCACCUGUCUCUGGGCGUGGGACGCCCGCGGAGAAUGGUCUGGAGACGCCAGCUUCUCAUCGUGUUUCUUCGCCGGAUAACAAAGCAUUUUUGCUUGGGUUUCUGGAAGGAGUUGCAAAGGGAAACAAAUGA